AUGUUAGCAUCGGCAACAACUGAAAAGUUUGGGGAUUUCCAUUUCCUUGAAGAACUGCAAAUGGUCCGUUGUCCAAACAUUUGCACCCAAAGAUUGGUAUCGCCGUCCCUUAAGAAGCUCAGCAUCUGGGGUUCUGGCCUCUUUAGCCACAUUGAGUGGUGCUCCCUCACCUACUUUCAUUUGAAAUAUGAGUUUGUCAUGUCCAUCCAAUUACAAAUGUGGUGUCUUCCAGCUCUACGGAAGUUGCACAUUGAGUGCAUAUCUCUUACAUCAAUUGGAGGCUCCGCAAACCUUUCCAUUUCUGCAGACACGGGCAGCAUUACUACAUUCUCAUCCCUUAAUGUCCUAACAGUUACAUGCUGUGAUAAAUUGUCAACCCUUGAUGGCUCCUAA